AUGGGAGACGUCGACCAUGCAAAAUCUUCUUCCCAGCUCCCCACCCUUCUGGGAAGUGCAGCUGCUGGUAUGAUUGGCCGCGUCUUCUGCCAUCCUUUGGAUACUGUCAAAGCCCGGCUCCAAGCGAGCACAUCUGCCGGACAAACCAUUGGCUCCCAGCUCAGUCUUCGCACGUUCAGUACACGGCACUUGCGAGGACUGUAUCGCGGUAUUGGGGUGAGCAUGCUGGGCUCUGCACCUGCCACUUGUCUCUACUUGACGUCGUAUGAACUCUCGAAAGACGCUCUUCAAAGUGUCGAGAGCUUCCGUGAGAAUCCACCAGUGCUUUACUUGGGAGCGGGGAUGAUGGCCGAAGCAUUGAGCUGUGUGCUGUGGGUCCCGAUCGACGUCAUCAAGGAACGAAUGCAAGUCCAAACGAAGCCCCUCUCGGGUGCUCUGCAGCAGCAGCAGCAACUUUACUAUCGCAACACCAUGGACGCCUUGCAGACGAUCGCGCACACGGAACGUCUUGGAAGCCUGUACAAGGGCUACCUGGCCACGCUACUCUCCUUCGGUCCCUUCUCGGCGCUCUACUUCAUGUUUUACGAGAAGACCAAGGCGGUCAUGCAACAACGACUCGAAAUGGACGAGCUACCAGCACAUUACACACUCACGAGUGCUGCACUUGCCGGGGCCACGGCGUCAUUCCUCACCAAUCCAUUGGACCUCAUCAAGCUCAGGCUUCAGGUUCAACGUGCUUACACCACGGACGCUGCACCUGCAGCCUAUCGCGGAAUUGUCGAUGGUCUCACUCAAGUGAUACGAACUGAAGGUGUCCUGGCACUGUAUAAAGGAGCAGGAGCACGCAUCGCCUUCCAUGCUCCAUCCACCGCUAUCACGAUGUCGCUCUUUGAAAGCUGCCGACGGGUCUUUGCUGCACUAAUCGAUGAAUGA